GCGAGGUUCUGGAACUCUCGGGUUGAAAUCUGGGAACUUCUGUCCUCUCCUGUCCGUAUGUAAGCCCUGACGGCACUCCAACAGUCGACCACACGUAAACACUCCCCGGCACCUGAGCCAGACUCAUUUUAACUAGUCAUCAUGGCAAUAAUCUCCGACUACCAAGAAGAGGAAGCGAAACCCUCGACUUCUUCAUCGCCGCCUCGUAAACCCGUGUCGUUUAACGCGAGCUUGGAUCCGUCGAAUCCUGUAGGGUUUUUAAAGGUUUUCGAUUUUCUGGGGAAAGAGACUGAUUUUCUUCGAAAAGAGAACGUCGAUAAGGAGAUCGCGGCGAUGGUGACGGUUGCGAAGGAGAAGAGCAAGAAGAAGGUUGAAGAGGUAGCGCCGAAGGUGGAGUUAAAGAAGAAGGAAGUGAAGGAAGAGAAGGAGUUCAAGAAAGAAGUGAACAAGGAGCCAAUGGACCUCGAUAAAAAGGAUAAUAAGAAGGAGGAAGAGACUAGCUCUGGCUUGGGAGUUCCAAACAAAGGCAGUCUUGAUCUGGAGAAAUACUCUUGGACACAGACCCUGCAGAGGUUACUGUUUGUUCCAGUUCCUAGUGGAACAAGAUCAAGGUUUGUUGUGUGCGAGAUAAAAAAGAACCAUCUAAAAGUUGGACUCAAGGGCCAUCCCCCUGUUAUUGAUGGGGAGCUUUUCCAGCCUGUCAAACCUGAUGAUUGUUAUUGGAGCAUAGAGGAUAAUUGUUCCCUCUCCAUCCUUUUGACAAAGCACAACCAAAUGGAGUGGUGGAAAUCAUUGGUAAAAGGAGAUCCUGAAAUUGACACUCAGAAAGUUGAACCAGAGAACAGCAAACUAUCUGACUUAGAUCCAGAAACACGACAAACUGUGGAGAAGAUGAUGUUUGACCAGAGACAGAAGGCCAUGGGCCUUCCAACCAGUGAUGAGCUUCAGAAGCAGGAAAUUCUAAAGAAAUUUAUGUCUGAGCAUCCUGAGAUGGACUUUUCAAGGGCAAAGCUCAUGUGAAUAGGGGCACACUCCACAUCUAUCUCCAGUCAUAUAUGUAGGAGUUUUAUUGUGUUUUCCCAAUGAACCUUAUGCGUGGAUCCUUUAUUUUUGGUGGGGCAGCAGAAAUAGAAAUGAACGAGGAACGGUUUGAACUUUGUUCACAGGGGUAAUUAUAAAAUUUUGUGACAUCAGCGUUUUUUUAGACUUGAAUUUAGAGUAAAUUUAAGCUUUUAAUUGCUCUCUUAAAAUUUUCAA